AUGCCCCGUCUUCCACCGUUGCUCCUCCGCCUCGCAAACAGAGAAUCCUACUUGCUCCCCGCUCUCCUACGUGAAUGUCGAGACCUUCCUUCUAGUCGUAAUGAACUCCGCUGGCUGACUGAACAUGCGACCGAACAAGCCGAAAAGCUAAGGACCACUGAUCUCGCCAGUUCGCCAUCCCGCACUCCUGACUCCAGAAAUGUCUCUACACCAUCUAUUCCCUCUAAAAAUAUCCCAGGAUGGCGGAAUUUACUACGCGACUAUGUGAAGCGAAGAGAGAAGGGAGAACCUCUUCAGUAUAUCCUCGGCACACAACCAUUCGGAGAGUUGGAGAUCCUCUGUAGACCGGGGGUCCUGAUCCCAAGAUGGGAGACUGAGGUCUACACUUCCAAGAUUGGUUUACUAGCGAGAACUUUGCUGGUCGAACAGGUUUGGGAAAAUAGAGAUCAGGAGCUUGGGAGCUAUGAAAGACCGUUGAGAGUGCUAGAUCUAUGUACGGGAACGGGCUGCAUACCGUUGGGGAUCUACGGGAUACUUAAAAACCUGAAGAUAAAGAGCGAUGGAAAAAGUGAGUCGAGGGGUGGAGGGAAGCUGAAGCUGGAGUUUUUGGGUGUGGAUAUCUCGACCACGGCGUUAAACCUGGCGAAAGAGAAUCUACGGCACAAUAUCUCGCUCGGGUACCUACCAGAACAGGCAGCAGAUGAAAUAGUCUUUUUGCAUGCCGACGUGCUAUUACCCUCCCCCCCUGCACCUCGACCAGCAGCACCAUACCUCAUCGAUGUUAUCGAAGAAGUCCUGGGUAAGGGCAUUGGCAAGCCCGAGAUUGACAUCUUAACCGCGAACCCGCCCUACAUCUCUCCUAUCCAUUUCUCAUCCGGCCGUACCACUCGCUCCGUCCGCCAAUAUGAGCCACGUCUUGCUCUCGUUCCAUCAUCAUGCUCUCCUCAAUCCUCCACCUCCACGCGACUUGGGUGGUCCACCCUCACCUCAAGCCCAUCACCUGGUGAUGAGUUCUACCACCACAUCCUACCACUAGCCAAACAUCUGAAUGCACGACUCACCGUAUUAGAGGUCGCAGAUACAGAGCAGGCGGAGCGGGUGGCAGAGAUUACUAGAAGGGUAUUCCUAAAAGAAGGUAAAAUGGUUGGAGAGUCUACACACCCAGAAGUCUUGAUCGAAAUAUGGUUCGAUGAUGGAGGUAGUAAAGUGUGCCUGCCUCCAGAUGGUGUUGGUUUGGGCCUUUUCGAGUCGAAUGAGGUGAGUGCUCGAGCUGUUGUGGUGUGGACACGGUGUUGGGCGACGUCACGGAGACAGCAGCUGGAGUACAGUAGGAGGUAG